AUGAUGAAUAGAUUAACAUUUAUAAGAAAAAUAUCCAUACUUGGUUCUCCAUUACUCAGAGAGUGGAGAUUAGUUGAGUCAAGAAGAGUAGCAGUUAAACCAGAAUACAAAGUUGGGGAUUCCAAACCACUUUAUGUCCCACCAAGAAGGCCUGAAUUUCCUGAUUACAAAUAUGGAGAAUCUAAAAUUUUUAAGCAAAGUAAUAAAGGUCUAUACGGAGGCCAAUUCAUUCAAUUUGGUAAUAAUGUUUCGGAAAGUAAGAAAAAAGUUAGAAGAAGAUGGUUACCCAAUAUUAUCAAAAAAGGCUUAUGGAGUGAAACUUUGAAUAAAAUCAUUAGAAUUAAAUUGACUACCAAGGUUUAUCGUACUAUCACUAAAGAAGGUGGUAUUGAUAAUUAUUUAACUAAAGAUAAAUCUGCAAGAAUUAAGGAAUUAGGGCCCACAGGUUGGAAAUUACGUUAUAGGAUAUUGACUAAAAGAGAACAAUUGUCUAAUUCACCACAUAAAGACCUCCCAGUUAUUGAAAAAGCUGAUGGUUCUAAAUCAAAGAUAUAUUAUAACUUUUCGAUUGAUGGGAAAACCUACCAAAUUACAGUUGGUAAGAGAAAAUUAUUAUAUUACUUAUUCCCACUUGAAAUUUUAGAACAUAAGGCUGACGGUGAGUCUUUAUCGUACAAAAAGUUUAUUUCUCUUUAUCAAGAAAGGCCUAUUGAACAAAUUUUACAGGCUUUAAGUAAGUAUGGUUUUGAUUUGAAUACCAUUAGUGUUUAG